UCCUGCGGAUCACCUGAUCAGAGAGAACUGAACCUACAAAAGAGAGCUCAACCUCCUUUUCCAUACCUACCCGGGACCUAGCUCAGCUGUGUCCUAAACAGUACCAGGCAGGUGGUGACUUGAGAACUCUGUGCCCGGUUUCUGGGGACUGUUUCACCAUGCAGUGGCUGAUGAGGUUCCGGACCCUCUGGGGCAUCCACAAAUCCUUCCACAACAUCCAUCCUGUCCCUUUGCAGCUGUGCUGCCGGUCUUUAUCAGAAGUUGGAGCCCCAAGAUGGAAUAACUAUGAAGUACUGGAGGAAUUUAACUUUGCAAGUGAUGUACUGAACUACUGGGCUCAAAUGGAGAAGGAGGGCAAGAGAGGUCCAAAUCCAGCCUUUUGGUGGGUGAAUGGCCAAGGAGAUGAAGUAAAGUGGAGCUUCAGAGAGAUGGGAGACCUAACCCGCCGCGUAGCCAACGUCUUCACACAGACCUGUGGCCUGCAACAGGGAGACCGUCUGGCCUUGAUUCUGCCUCAAGUGCCUGAGUGGUGGCUGGUGGCUGUGGGCUGCCUGCGAACAGGGAUCAUCUUCAUUCCUGGGACCAUCCUGUUGAAGGCCAAAGACAUUCUCUAUCGACUACAGAUGUCUGAAGCCAAGGGCAUUGUGACCAUAGAUACCCUUGCCUCAGAGGUGGACUCCAUAGCUUCUGAGUGCCUCUCUCUGAAAACCAAGCUCCUGGUGUCUGAUCACAGCCGUGAAGGGUGGCUGGACUUCCGAUCGCUGGUUAAGUGA